GCGACGUGUAAGUUUCUCAAGAGCUCUGAGACCGUGAACGCGCAAAUUAAUACACAAAGGCGAGUUGCCGGGUGAACUAUUGGCCCCGUAAACAUCCACCCGAUGUCUGAAUCCCCGCGUAAAUCGAUACACGUUCUCCACGCGUGGUCAGAGAGCCAAGAAGUGUUGACCAAUACGCCAAUGGUGUCUCCACGCGGGACAAGAAAACGCGUCAAGGUGAAAAAGAAGAAAAGAAAACAACAGCAAGGCGAGCAACGCUCCGUUUCGGACCCUCAGUUACGCUCAGGCGGAGGCGAUCAUGCGCGAAAAGAAACCAAAUAUAAGGCGGAUGAACCGAUUGUGCGAGGAAUUUUCCAAAUUGGGAAGAAAAGCCACGACGUGGUUCUCACGGCCACGCGCGUAACGUGGACCCCCAUUGAACCAGAGACUCCUACAGCUGAGCAUGAUGUGAAGAAGCAGGAGGAAUACGUGGAGCUCCAGGACGUGUUCGCUGUGAAGGUAAAACGGCGACGAUCCGCAGGACAGCAGACGGGCGGCACUCUGCUGGGCAUCACACUUUUCUAUUGCAAGAAGAAAGGCCUUAAACUGAAGGACCACACCAUCCAUCUGAACAACCUGAGUGCGGACCACUGUGAGAUCUGGUUCAAAACUCUCAAAGAGAUCCUCAACGGUUUCAAGAAUCGUCCCAAGUCUCUUAAAGUCUUCGUAAACCCCAGCAGCCACAAGAAAGAGGCGUACAAAAUCUACCUGGACGAGGUGGCGCCGCUUUUCAAACUCGCUGACAUACAAGCAGAUGUCACCGUCACUGAGAGAAAAGGACACGCUCUCUCCAUACUGAAAGACUGCAUUUUGGAGGACUAUGAUGGAGUGGUAUGUGUUGGGGGAGAUGGCUCGGUGGCUGAGGUGGCCCACGGGUUACUUCUCCGGGCCCAGAUGGACGCUGGGAGGGACACAGACUCCAUCUUCACGCCUGUCCAAGCAGCACUUCCUCUCGGCAUAAUACCAGCAGGUUCUACGGAUGUGGUGGCGUGCUCAGUGUAUGGAAUAAGACAUGUCGUGACUGCAGCCAUGCACAUUAUUAUGGGAUCUCGACAGUCGGUUGACGUGUGCAGUUUUAGCUCUAUGGGGCGACUGGUGAGGUUCGGUUUCUCCGCCAUGUUUGGUUUCGGUGGGCGGACGCUUGCACUGGCAGAGAGACACCGCUGGAUGCCACCCAGCCAGCGUCGCGAGUUUGCUCUCAUUAAAACGUUGGCAAACCUCAAACCUGAGGACUGUGAACUGUCCUUCAUCACCAGCACCCGAAAUGAGGAUCAGAGGUUUGCUAAAGAACAUUCUUUAAGAGACGAACAAAACAGCGACGGAGAAGACAUUUGUGAGGAUGGCUCAUGGCAGACAAGACGGGGUCUCUAUCUGAAUGUCAGUAUCAUGGCUAUUCCCUGCCUGUGCUCCAUGGCACCCAGGGGCCUGGCCCCCAACACCAGGCUGAAUAAUGGCAGUAUGGCGUUGAUAGCCGUUGGCAAUACUUCCAGGUCGGAGUUCAUCAAACACUUGAAGAGAUACAGCAGCAGGAACAAUCAGUUUAGUUUCUCAUUUAUUGAGACGCACACUGUAAAGACUGUGAAGCUGCGGCCCCACUCUCUGGGAAUCUGGGCUGAUGACAUCACAGAGGAACACGAGGAAUCUGACUCGAAAACAACACCGAUCAUCUCCUCUGAAGGAACGUAUCCAUGGAAUAUUGACGGAGAUCUGUUAGAGAUCCCAUCUGAAUUACUCAUCAGGGUUCACCCUCAUCUACUUACACUGUUUGGAGGAGACGUAGAGGAGGCGGAGGAGGCGCCGGUUAAAUGCAGCUGUAUCUGAACACACACACACACACACACACACACACACACACACACACACACACACACACACACACACACACACACACACACACACACACACACACAAACACCUCC